CUCCUUCAUCAAUUGUCUCACGGAGCGUGAACUCGAUCUACGAGGUGCGUAUGGAAAGAACAGAUGCUACGCUUGAAGAGCUGAAUUGAUAUCAAUUUGUGUAAACCACAGGCCACAAAAUCUCCGCCAUCGAGAACAUGGGUGCGGCACGAGACAACGACGCCAUCGACCUGACCGACAACGAUAUUGCUCAGCUUGGCAACUUCCCCCUCCAGCCGCGACUGCGUACGCUCUUCCUCGGUCAAAACCGCAUAGCCAACAUCCAGGCCAACCUGAGCUCGAGCAUCCCGAAUCUCACGACUCUGGUUCUUACCAAGAACAGGAUUUCUGAGCUGGCUGAGUUGGACCCUUUGGGUGGCUUCAAGAAGCUGGUGUAUCUUGCAUUGAAGGACAACCCGGUGACAAGCAAAGAGAACUACCGUUUGUGGGUAAUAUGGCUCUGCCCGUCCGUCCGCUAUCUUGACUUUGUCAAGGUGCGCGACGUGGAGCGCCGUAAAGCCACAGAGCUAUUCGGCACGGCCGAGGAACCCUCCGAACUAGCGACGAAGAUCAAGGGGCAGAAGUCGAAGGGCUUCGUCGUGCCGAAUUACACCAAUGGCGCGGACACGCCGACGAAAGAGCGCAUUUGGACCGAGGAAGAGAAGAACAGGAUGCGGGCGGCAAUCAGAAACGCAAGUUCGUUGGCAGAGAUGGCGAGGCUGGAGAAAGAUCUUGCGGAAGGGCGGAUACCGGCAUAUGUGUUGGAGGGUGGCGAUCCCAUGGAGACGUAGGGAACCCAUGUCCUGAGGCACAUGGCCUCUCUUCCAAAGGAGCCUUUUGGCAGUGACAGCGAGAGAAACAAGCUUAGCGAUCGACGGUGAUGAAGAAUUGGAAAAUACCCUUGGGAAGACGGUAGUUGGGUCUGGGUAGGGACAGUUGGAAACGAGGAAUUGACCUGAAGUCAUCGAUUUGCAAUUUGUGUCGCAUCUGGCAACCACGGCACGAUUGCAUCUAGCAAUGCAGUAGGGAACGGCGCUCGAAAAUCAAGCGUUAGGUGCUAGUCAUUUACAAAAGAAAACUAUUGGCAUUUUGGGCCUGCACUUUCGCUGAACAUGCGGUCGCCCGCGGGAGUAUUCAACUACGUAGGAAGGAAAUGGUGAACCACGAUUUGAGACUAGCGCAUUGCAUGUAAACUUAAGCAAACUGCGACUACCAAC